AUGCCGUCUAGAAGACUCAAGCAUACACGCCCCAGCACCAGACACCUCCUUCCCUGGGUCUUUGACGCGCCCAAACCUGACAACAUCUCCCCCGACGCCUUCAUCGACAUAAUCACGCAGGAGGAUGAUGGCUGCUCAUCAGAAGUCAAGAAUGUACUAAGCUAUUGGGAUCGCGGGGAUCUUGAUAGAGGUGAUGAAGCAAAGCUGGAGGAGAUGAAGAUCAGCUCCGAUAUUUUGUUCGCCCAUGUGCUCGACAGCCAAGAGUGGUUCCGUUAUCGCUAUCCUAAAGGUGACUGUGGUAAAGAGAAGCACAACCUUGGAGAGGCUGCCUGGAUGAUUGGUGUCCAGAUGACAACUCAAGCCGAGCUGGACCAAAUGACCGACACUGAACGCGAGUACAAACUUGGCGCCAUAAGACACAAUGGAGCGGGAGACAGCUACUGCACCGUCCGCGUCACCGCUGAGCUCGUACUCUUGCGCAUCGCUGAGCUCAAUGCUGUAGAUGGUCGUUGUAGAACGAUCAAUUCAAAGUACUGUUUCUUGGGACUUGACUUGCAAGCAAUCUGCCGUGAAGGCGGUGGUCAUAUCGGCCAAGGAACUACUGAGAUUGAACUAACAAAGCUCUGGGCUGCUGAUCUCGAAGAGCUCGGCCGGGACUGCUGGACCACAAUCAGCAGUCGUCAUGCGAUUAUCCUAGAGUCUUUCGAUGACCACCUUUGCAGAAAGGCGCAAGAGGGAAAGAUCGCCAUCGAUGACAGACUGGAUACCUACCGGCGGUGGAACUUCCGCGGGGGACCAAACACCACCAAGAAGUGCGUCUAUAUCUUUCAAACCGCACACAACACACCUCCUAAACUCUUCAGCAUCUCCAUCGACUCUGAAAUCAUUACUCAGACCAAUAUGGCAUGUUGGAUUGUUCACCAGAUCCCUCCUCGCCAGAACACCAACGAACAGUGA